GAAUCCACAGACAUAAUGUUACAGCAGCUCCAAAUAUAAACCAUAGAAGAAAACAACCAGGAAGUGUUACACUCCAACAUGAGGAGGUGCCACAGUUUUCUGAGGAGAAGUUAAUGGAGCUUCCAGCAUCAAACAGGAUGGAGAAGGUGAUCAACUGUUUCCAGAAAAGGCCGGACGCUGUGGCCCGGCUCAUCUGCUUCCCCUGGGCAGGUGGAGGGUCCAUACACUACGCUCGCUGGGGAAACGUCCUCAACAGCUCCAUUGAAGUGUUCGCUGUCAAACUUCCCGGCAGAGAGAGUCGAGCCAAAGAGCCGUUCUUUCUCAACAUGCAGCAGAUUGUGGACGAGGUUGUUGGAGUGUUGUUACCGGUGCUGAAAGAGAAGCCGUUUGCUCUCUUCGGCCACAGUUUUGGUGCCUUCACAAGUUUCGCUGUAGCAGACGCUCUGAAGAAAAUCCACAACCUGGAGCCGGUUCACAUCUUCCUCUCUGGAGCCUCUGCACCUCAUUCAGAGACUCGUAUCAAAGCCCCGAAGAGGAGCGAGUUGUCGGAUGAGGAUUUUCUCAAGUGGCUGAUGUCUAUUGGAGGAACUCCUCCUGAACUUCUGUCCAACCCUGAAGUCCUGAAGCUCUUCCUUCCCGCCCUGAAGGCCGACCUGCACGUGGUGGAGAACUACAGGUGUGAGAAGCCGGACGUUCCACUCCUGUCCUGCCCGGUCACAUGUUUCGAUGGAAAAGAAGACGUCCCUCAUGAUUUACAAGCUUGGAAAGACAUCACGUCAGGAGAUUUCACCACCAGGAUGUUGGAUGGAUCUCACUUUUACCUGAAGGAUUCUGGGAAUGAGAAAGUUUUAUUAGACUACGUCACAAAACAUCUGGAAACAUCAGAAAUGGACUAUUUAUAAUGAAAUAUGGACAAUUACUGCACCGAGUCUAAUGACUUCAUGUUGUUUUACUAAUUCAUUGUGAUGGAUUUAAUUGUUUGAUUAAUUAAUUAGUUUUUCUUUAAAAAAAAAAAAAAAAAACAUUUUUUAAUUCAUUUUGUUUUGUCAAACCAACUUGUGACUGAGAAACGAGCCCACAGGUCGUCUGUGCAGCAGCUUGUUAUGACAUCAUAGUUAGGUUUUGUUGCUAGGCGACAUCUAGUGGUCGUAGUAAUGAUGACAGGACCAAAGGGUAAAAGUGUCAGUGACGUAGUAUAAAGAGAGACAGAGUGAGCGGUGUUCGAUUCCCAUGUUGUUUCUAUUGUCCAUGAGCGUUCGUUGUUGGUACUGUAACCAUGACAACAGAGAUCGUCUAACGUUGAGGAAGUACUUUUACUUUUAACCCAAAUCACGAUCUUUUCAAAAACGUAACCAGGCCAUGACCGUUACUAUAGUAACCUUGGCAACGAUCGGCACGCCAAACUCGGCACAUUCGCGUGUUUAUAAUGGUAACCAUGACAACCAAGGUCCGGUACUAUGGGCGCUAUUGCAGGAGACGCUUUGAUGAGUCGUAUCAGAGGGUUGAAUAAAAUGGCAGAUUAAAUGUCUUGAACCGUUUCAGCUUCUUGUAAACGGAAACUCUUUAGAGUUUAGAGUCAAAAAGUCUUUUAUCCAACAUGAUACUGAAUUUAAUGUUCACAGGCGCAAACGCUGGAAAACAUGAGUAGUAAUAUUUUUCAGGCUUAUUUAAAAAAAAGUGUUUUUAAAGAUUAAAAUGGAUGACGUCAUCCUGACCUGUAUUCAAGCCACUACUUAUUAAAAGAUUAAGAAAUGA